AUGAAGACCUUCACCAGCCUCGUGGUGGCGCUGCUCGCCGUCUCGCCGGUAUCCGCCCACUACCGAUUCAACCAGAUCAACAAGAACGGCGUUUUCAAGUACAUCAGGGAGAACACCAGCAACAACUCCCCAGUGACUGAUCUCGCCUCGAACGACCUGCGAUGCAACACUGGUGCGCAGGGUGCUGGAACAGAGACAGUUGCUGUCAAGGCAGGCAGCUCAUUCACCUUCGACCUCGACCAGGCAGUCUACCACCAAGGCCCCGUCGCCGUGUACAUGUCCAAGGCACCAGCAGCCGCCUCGGCAUACGCGGGCGACGGCGACUGGUUCAAGAUCGCGGAGGAGGGCCCAACCUUCAGCGGCGGCAGCUCGACAUGGCCGAUGCGUGCCAGCUACACGUACAACAUCCCGACCUGCAUCGCCAACGGCGACUACCUGCUCCGCAUCGAGCAGCUCGGCAUCCACAACCCUGGCUCGCCGCCGCAGUUCUACAUCAGCUGUGCGCAGGUCACCGUCUCGGGCGGCAGCGGCGGCGCCCCGUCGCCGACCACCAAGAUCCCUGGCCAUGUCAAGGCCACUGACCCAGGCUACACCGCCAACAUUUACAACAACUUCAACAACUACACCAUCCCCGGCCCCAAGAAGAGGAGGUACUGCCAUCGUUAUUCUGUGACUUGUGAACUGCUGUAUUACAUCGCUGUUGUCGCCGUCAAGCAUGCCUCCUUGGGCUGA